CAAAUCCAACCAUUCAAAAUUCAAUUACUGCCACAUGAUUUGAUGCCCACUUGCCACUUUCAUAGAAAAAACACACUCAUUAACUUCAACUUCAACUGAAUAAAUGAUGAGCAAACAAACAACAGUUCAUUUCAAGUUCAUAUUUUUGAUAAUAAUAAAUUAAUAAAAAGAAAAGGAAGCUGCUUUUUUUUAUUUCUGUCACAAAUAUUUUGUCUUUUCUUGUAAACAUAUUAAUAAAUUAUAUUUUGAUUCUUUGAAAAGAGCCAAAACAACAUUCAAUACAACAAAAACAAAAUCUUUGAUUUUAUUUUUUCUCAUUUUAGAGAUACAAGACAUGAAUCUUGUUCUUGGUUUCUUGCUGCCCAUUUGGAUUUGGCCAUUAUUAUUAGUAUUAGUUAAUGCUCGACCUGGGUCAAUAUUAUUAAUGGAAGCUCAAUCUCCAGGAAUUACUAUGGCUCCAGUGGUUAAAGUAGUCCACCAUCAAGAUUUAAACAAGAAAAUACUCAUAGCAUUAGUUGUUGCUUCCUCUCUGCUUGUAUUCAUCUUGUUGUUUCUGUCAUAUUUAUGGAUCCAGAGGAUGAAGAACACUAAGAAAUCUACUGUUAAAAACAAACAAAAUUUUGAUGUUGUGAAUGGGAAUUCUGUGAGUCCAAUUAUGGGGAAGUUAAAUUCCUUAAAAAUGGUUGUUAAGAAGGGCUCCGUUGCUGUAAUGGAGUAUCAAGUGUUAGAAGCUGCAACGAAUAGUUUUAGGGAAAAUAAUUUAUUGGGUGAAGGUGGCCGUGGACGCGUCUAUAAAGCGCGUUUCAGCGAUAAACUCCUUGCUGCUGUAAAGAAAUUGGAGGGUGGACAGGAUGUUCAAAGAGAAUUCGAGAAUGAGUUGAAGUGGCUGACCAAAAUUCAGCAUCAGAACAUAAUUUCUGUGUUGGGUUACUGUGUUCAUGAUGAAGCCAAGUUUCUUGUGUAUGAAAUGAUGCAAAAUGGGUCUUUAGAGAGUCAACUGCAUGGACCAACUCACGGCGCGAAAUUGACUUGGCAUCUCCGAAUGAAAAUUGCCGUUGAUGUUGCAAGAGGACUCGAAUACCUUCACGAGCAUUGCAAUCCUUCUAUCGUGCACAGAGAUCUAAAGUCAUCUAACAUUCUUUUGGAUUCUAACUUCAAUGCCAAGCUUUCUGACUUUGGCCUUGCUGUAACUUCUGGGAUUGAAAACAGAAACAUAAAGCUUUCAGGAACUCUAGGUUAUGUCGCGCCAGAGUAUCUUUUGGAAGGUAAACUAACUGACAAAAGCGAUGUCUACGCUUUUGGAGUCGUCCUUCUCGAGCUUCUCAUAGGAAGAAAACCAGUGGAAAAUAUGUCACCCGACCAAUGCCAAUCUAUAGUAACAUGGGCCAUGCCUCAGCUUACUGACCGAUCAAAGCUUCCGAAUAUCGUGGACCCUGUCAUAAAGGACACUAUGGAUUUAAAGCAUUUGUAUCAGGUAGCUGCAGUGGCAGUAUUAUGCGUUCAACAAGAACCGAGUUAUAGGCCAUUAAUAACAGAUGUCCUGCAUUCUUUGAUCCCUCUUUUACCACUCGAGCUCGGAGGAUCAUUAAGAAUUACAGAACCUAUUCCCUCUAACAAAUGAUUGAAUAUGCUGAUACGCCGUGUUUCUUCACGGCCGUUUUUUUCCUCACCCGAUUGUUUCCUUUGUAGAUUCAUUCGCAUAUGCAAAUUGUUACAGGAAAUUUUUUGUUUCUUGUCAUCACAGCUGUAAAUUAAUUGAAUCUGCUGUUAUUUGUCCGAUUGAAGGCUUUGCUAUUA